AUGCGGGGUCCUCUUUGGCUCUUCCUUUAUCUUUAUGUCCUUGUAGCGGCGGCCAGUGUCAUCCCACAAAACCAGCGCUGUGUCACGGCCGUCUACACCGCGUAUGGAUACAUCAGCUUUUCUGGGACUCCCGCGAAGGGGUCCUGGAACACCCGCUGCCAAAACUCCCUCGAGGUCACAUCCAUAUACGCGGCAUCAGAUCGCUACUGCUCCGUACCCGAACGUCAGGCUGGUCUCUCUGAGCUGGAAGCCCUCUGUCGACAGUAUGCGGGGGUUGGGCUCAUUCCGCGGGAGCACUUAGCCGAGAAUCUUACGGACGACGCUGUCCGGAAUAUGCGCGUGGUAGAGUAUCUCGAGCUGUCUCGGAGAAAACCCAUAGCAUCUCCGGUGUUGAUUUCGCCCGCAUAUUAUGAGGUCACAUUCCGCACUAUUGAUUCUUGGCAAUUCGAGACUUGGUCGCAUUAUGCUUAUGGUUACGCUGGAUACGCUUUCUGGAUGGGGAUCGUUGCAAUUGGGAUGUUCCAUCGCUUCAUCCAGCACAUUGUUGAGUCACGUCCUCGGCGGAGUAGCAAUUGGUGUCCGCUCUCAUACAGAUAUAUAUAUCGAUGGGUGCAAACACAUCUACUGGUGCCGUCUCCAAUACCAUCUCGAGGGCGUCAAUUCUUCUGGUGGACAUUCGCUACACGCGCAGAGGCACUUGUUGUUAUGUUGUUUUGGAUCCUCAGUAUCACGUUCUGCGCAGUGGACUAUCGCCUUUCCUCGGGAAACAUCUACUGGCCCGACACGUCUGAUCAGUUACUUCGCUACGUGGCCGACCGGACGGGAAUUUUGUCAUUUGCAAAUUUCCCACUGAUAUGGCUGUUUGCUGGUCGCAAUAAUAUAUUUCUGUGGGCAACAGGCUGGAGCUUUGCAUCCUUCAAUAUCUUUCAUCGCCACAUCGCCUGGAUCGCGACAAUUCAGGGUCUAGUCCACACAGCGCUGUAUCUGGUUAUGUUCAUUCAAAGCAGAUGGAAAUGCCUGGAGAAAAUUACAAAAACCAUAUCUCUUCUGGGGUACCGUUGGCAUGAUUGCCAUGGUCCUUCUCCUGCCAUUGGCAAUGGACUUCUUCCGUCGGAGGACAUACGAGUGCUUCCUCCUCCUACAUAUCCUUUUGUCGGUUGCAACACUGGUCGGAUGUUUCUACCCAGCCAUACGAUCAUCUUUGAAGGCCAAGAAUAUUGGUUCUACCUAUGGCCUGCCGUCGGGAUAUGGGGUUUCGAUCGACUCCUCCGUCUGAUCCGCAUUAUCUAUUGCAACGCCCACGUAAAUUUGAAUCUAGGGAAAGGGAUCCCCUUCACCCGGAGCAGAGCAACCUACGACACAGUGGCGGACGUUAUUCGGUUGGAGAUUUUCCCAGGCUCCUUGAGUCUCCGUCCCACCCCAGGACAGUAUUAUUUCGUCUACCAACCCUUCCGCUUGACCGGCUGGGAGAGUCACCCCUUCACCCUGGGGUCUUGGACAUAUGAGACCGCUGCAGCUCCCGCCACCCAAUCUCUUGUCGCGAAGGGAGACCCUGAUAUCGAUGUCUCUCAAGUCCCACUGCUUUCUGAUUCCUCAUCUGGGUCGUCCGGGUCCCUUGCUGAGUAUGAUCCAAAAAUAUUGAAACUUGUGUUCUGGAUCCGACCUUUUGAUGGAUGGACGAGACACCUCCGACAGCAAUGCACGCGAUCGCCAGACCGGAAAUUAGAGACAGCCCUACUCAUUGAGGGGCCGUAUGGAGAGCCGUUCCCGUUGUCGAAUUACGAGUCUGUCCUGCUGGUAGUGGGUGGCACCGGCAUUGCCGCUGCGGUACCUUACAUCCAGGACCACCUUGCGCGGUGCGCUGAGAUGUCUGAGACGGCUCAACCCUUCACUCGGGAUAUCCAUUUGGUUUGGACCACUCGGCAAGAGGCAUUCAUCCAACAUGUCGUGACACAAGAUCUAGGGCCUGUGAUACGUCGCAGUGAUUUCAGGGCUUCUUUUUAUGUUACAUCAGGGACAGAACCGGAUGGAGCGAGCGACAGGGGCCUCUUCCACGAUUCGCCCAGCCCACCACCCCAAAUGAACCUCAAUAUCCUUCGAGGAAGGCCUAAUCUGCAGUCUCUAAUUUUAUCGCAUGCACAGGAGGCGCAGUUGUCUGAUUCUUCGGCGGCGGUGAUGGUCUGUGGGCCCCCCGCCAUGGCCGACGAGGCCCGUUCGGCAGUACAUUCGACGAUGAUAAGGGGUUAUACUGGGUCCUGGAGUCAUACAUAUUAG